AUGGCUGUCGAUGUUGAGCCUCUGGAGCUCGGGGACCUAGGCAGCAUUUCUAUCGACUUGGGGUCGGUGGCAAAGGCACUACAACUGAUUGCUGCUCACCAGAAUGCAACGGCUGAGAAAGCAGCUGCAGCUUGGGGGGAAAUCGAGCAACUCCGAGCCCAGUUCGAGGAGAGGGGUGAAGCCACUGAGAAGAUGAGUGCACAGCUGGCUGAUGUGAUUGAGCGAUCAGAUGCUAUGGGUAAGGAUGUGAAUAAAUAG